AUGAGUCUAACGAGUGGUUGCAUUCUUGACGUAUUUAAAACAUCACACAACAACGGCGAUAUCUUUGUUCAAGUGAAUGAAAUUCACAGUGCAGUAGAAUAUGUCAUUAGUGAUGGAGAAUAUAAGUGUACCUCCCGAUUUCCUAAAGGAACACAACUUAUUGUCCAUCAGCGAGUUUGUAUAAUGGACUGUGUUAUUCCUUUAGACAAGAAGUAUAUUGAAGUCCGCAUGUUCAAUGCGGAAGAAGUACUUCCGGAAUUGCUUGGAAACAAUUUGGUCGAUGUCAAUGCGUAUUUGGGAACACCAGGCCCAAGCCAAGCAAUUGAUGUGAAGUCGCAGACGGUUAUCCCAACCGCACAAGGACAACUCCCAAAAACACAACUGAGCACAGACGACAUCGACGAGAGUCGGUGCAUCCCUUUUAACCAAUUGAAGACGGCUCAUAGCUGCAAUUGCUUGGUCAAAGGCGUUGUUCUUCAUAAAGACAUCGUACACAUGAAAAACAGUGGAAAGGCGUUGAACAUAGUCUUACAAGACAGUGAAGGGUAUGAACUCGCGUUUGUUGCGUACGACGCUGUCGCAGACAAGUUUUGUAAUGGCAUAAACAUCAAUGACACCAUAGUCGUGAAGAAUUGUAGUAUCAGAGUCCUCAAAGACAACGAGAUAAAUAAGGCAUCGAUCAGGAGUGUCAGAUUUAAAGCUUCCAUCAGCAACAAAACAACAAUCGCGAGUGCAAAAACACCAGUCAUGUCAUUGAUCACACAGAUUAACACGUUUGACGAGUUAUUAAUGAUAAACCCAACCUUCAGCGACUUCCAUUUUGUGUGCUACUUGAAAGGAAAAGGCAGCAAACAGUUCGUCAAUGGCGAAGUGAGUAAACCAACGGUGACAAUCGAUGUCGUCGACGCAAGUAAUUACUCCCUCAAAGUCGAUAUAUUUACUGAUCGAUUAGUUGAUACAAUUGAAGACGUACACAUUGGAGAUAUCGUACUUUUGAGUAAAGUGCAAAUCAUCAGAAAAGAUGAAAACAAUUUUGUUGGGAAGAUGUCAGAGGCCUCUGAAAUAUACAAAGUCGACACUUUCGAGGCUAUUGAGGACCUUAUGGGGGAAUUCAAGGGGGAGUACAAGAAAGAGGCGUACGACAAAGUUGUUGUUGUCCAAACAAACAAAGGAAAUAAUGUGGCAAAAGACCUUUCUUCCUCACGGAAGAUCUUGUCUGCCGAGCCCAUUUCUCUUCCAGUGUAUUUAGAACGUGUGAAGAAAUUGGCUCUUGGGUGUUCGACAACAGUUUUAAUACGUGGAACAUUCAAAGAAGUUAAAACUGAUAAUAUGAGUUACACGGGGUGCCCAGACUGCAAAAAGAAAAAGGGGUUAGGCGUUUCUUUGUGUGUGAAUUGUAAGAAGAUGACGAGUUCCAUUUACUUCUACGUAGUGAUUGCGUCUCUGGAAUAUGAAGAGGGUGGCAAAGUGUUUGAGCACUGGGUGACGUUCUUCAGUAAUGUUGGAGAACACCUCUUUAAGAUGGCUGCAUGUGAAAUGGAGAAGAAAAAUAUAUUAGAGAGAAAGGAAGUUGUCAACAGGACUGUAAUAGGAAAGAAUUUCAAUUUGUGGGCGAAAGGAACACACAAAGAGAACAAUGAAGUCAACACCAUCAUCACACAAGUGAACUGA